UCUUUUUCGGAGGAACGACGACAUUGAACAGUCGGUUAAUCAAGUCGAGAGAGAUAGAGAGUUGCUUCAUCAACUUAAGCUGUAUCUGAUCGCAAACAAUAUCAGAGAGAAACCUUAAUUUCUCUCUGACGAUAUAUAUCGGUACGAUUCUUGCUUCUUCGUUGAUAGACGAUGUCUCAUGGUGACGAUACGCGUUUGAUUGAGAGCAAUUGAGAAUUUUGUACUGGACAAUCGAGAGAGAGAGAGAGAGAGAGCUCAGUUGAAUCAAAUCAAAACUACACCUGCAGGCUGCAAUCAAAUACGCAGUGGUGCGUAAUUCGUGCUGGAUCGCGCAUCUUCGACCUCUCCGAAAAAGAAAGACAGGAACGCUGUGUUCUCUGGUCACUCAAAAGCCUAGACUUCGCGUUUGCCGAUCGUUUGUCAAUAAUUGAAAGAUGCACGUCACCUGCAAGUGCCUGAAUGUAUCCAUCAAGUCUAGAAGUGCUGAAUUGCAGCAGGUUAACGUUGAAUUAACCGAUCUGGAGCGUGCUGAUGCCUUUUUUCGAGAGGAUUUGGCGAGUGUGUCAGAAUUAGAAAAAAUUACUAAAGAACAACCUGGUUUAAUGGAAAAAAGAAAUGUUGGAUCCUGGAUUGUACACCGUUGUUGCAAUUGCUCAAUGUAUACUCACGCAGUUCACAGAGAAUACGGUGCUGCUUUAGUCCUCAUUAAUAACAAUAUUCUUUUAUCUCCCGAAGAAAUAAAUAAAUUAAAAUCCAAUCCAGAUUAUAGCCCAAUAUUUAGGGUAGUAAUUAAUCAUAGUUUGGAAGAUCUCGACGAUUAUCUGCAACAGCCUAAAUUUUCUGUUUCACAAUUACCUAACGCGAUACAAGUGGCCCUAGAUGGAUUACAUCAACAGUUACAGGAGGCUGUACAACGUCAAACAAUAGCUAUAGAAGAUAAAAUACGUGCGUUUACUGCUGAGCAGCAUCAGCUGUUGGAACAAUUUCGCGAAAGAGCACACAAUGAACAUAGGCUGUUAUCAAAACUAGUAUGUAGAGGUGACGAGACAAGUAGAGUAACUAAUAAUAUAGAAACUCCGCCAACAACUCCUGAUGGUUUUAAAAGUAUCAUGACUACCUCUGCAGCUAGUACAGUGAAUCCAAAGUCUAAUAUAAUAUUCAGUGAUACAAAAGUAUCUAGUAGCCCAAACGUUAAACACGAAACAACUACCAGACACUCCUCUAAAAGUAGCAUUAAUAAUGAAAAUUCGAGAAAAAAGAAUACAGUAUAUAUUAAUACCAAGGAAUCAGCUAGCUUCGAUACAGAAGUAUUGUUUCCUUUUGAAGGAAUGGAGGAUACAGACUCAGCCAGCCAACAGCUUCUAUCCUCUUCGGAAGACACUGAUGGAUCUGAUACCGAUGAUUCAAGCCAAAACGAGGAGAUUCAUAUGCCAAGAAGUCAACGAGAUGGUCAUUCUACGUUAGCUAAAUCAUUACCUGUCAUCGUGCCUGUUUUCCCUUCUAUCAUUCAUCAUACAAUACAGGAUCAAGACGACGAUCAGUUGCCAACUGAUCCACGCAAUAUUCGAGCUUCAAUGAAAGCCUUAGCUAAAAGCGUAAAUACUGAUACAGUAUUUGGAGAUUUACCACGUCCCAGAUUUUCUACUCAGAUCUGAUUUAUCAAGAUGAGAAAUCACUAUAGUGAUGUUGAAAGUGUCAUAUUUUGAGGCAAGGAGUGUACAAUGAAUUAUAAUAAAUCUUACUUAAGGAAAAGUUAUAAGAUUUAAAAGUAGAUCUUCGCUUCGCCUUCUAAAGUUAAAUCUAAAAUGUGCUCUUUGCUUUCUGUUUCUUAUUGUACAUUUUACCACUUUUUACUUCUCGCUUUUUUGUUAGCUUGUUUCUUCAUUUUCUGGUUGCCCGCGAUAAGAAUUUAUGACUUCAAGAUCGAGGAAAAGGGAGGGGGAGGGAAGGGAGAGAAGAGAGAUAAAAAUAGAUAAGAAAUAUCUGACAAGAAAUACAAUUAUUGAUGAAACGGUCGUAAAAAGGAUAAAAGGUAAGAAACAGGACAGAAAGAGCAUACAGUAGAUAAGAUUUAAAGAUCAAUAAAAAAAGAAUGUACAUUAAA